AUUGAUUUAGCCAAUGGAGAUCGCUGAGCAAAGCACAUAAACAAUAAAGAUGAAAUUUCUGCAGAUUUUGAGAAAAGCCGCAACUUCUCCACAAAAUCGGCACAGAGUUUCUUCGUUUUCUGCCAACAAUGGGCGGCGCUUCUUCUCUCACCUCCACUCCCAACCUCCUCCCCCCAGCGCGUCCUUCGGAAUAGCGUUUGACAUUGAUGGCGUGAUUCUGCGAGGCGAAACUCCAAUCGGCGGCUCUCCACAGGCUUUGAAAAGAUUGUACGAUGACUCUGGUAAUAUGAGUAUUCCCUAUGUUUUUUUGACUAAUGGAGGUGGUGUGCCUGAAACAGAAAGAGCAGCAGAGUUGAGCAAAUUAUUGAGUGUUCGUAUUUUAGCCUCACAGGUUAUACAGGGGCAUUCACCUUUCAUGCAGCUAGUGAAUAGAUUUGAGAAUGAACUCAUUAUUGCAGUCGGGAAAGGAGAACCGGCAAAAGUGAUGUCUGAAUAUGGUUUUAAAAAUGUUCUCUCGUUGGAUGAAUAUGCAUCUUAUUUUGAACAUAUUGAUCCAUUGGGGAAAUUUAAGAAUUCAACAAGUCAGCUGGCUGGUUGUAAGAAAUACUCUUCAAAAGAAACAGACAGCGAAAAUGGUCCUCCUUCUCAGAGAGUGGAAGCUGUAUUUAUUGUUAGUGACUCUGUCGAUUGGAGCCGGGACAUUCAGGUUUUGUGCGAUAUUUUGAGCACCGGAGGCCUUCCUGGAAGAGAGAUUUCAACCCAACCACCUCUUUAUUUUGCGAACGACGACCUCUCUUAUCAAGGUCUAUUUCCCACUGAACGCCUUGGCAUGGGUGCUUUCAGGAUCGCCUUAGAAUCUAUCUACAACAGAGUUUACCCCAAUGCUCUGGAGUACACAUCUUACGGAAAACCGAAUCCAUUUGUAUUCAAGAACGCCGAAAAGAUACUGAUGCAAAGUAUAUGCCAUCCAAUUGAAGGACAAAAUCCUCUGAAAACUCUAUACAUGAUAGGAGAUAAUCCCCUCGUAGAUAUUAAAGGGGCUCAGCAGGCGGGGCAGCCUUGGUUUUCGAUCUUGACGAGGUCCGGGGUUUUCAAAGGGAAGGGGAAUCACCCCGUUUAUCCAGCAGAUCUGGUUGUCGACACUGUGGAAGAGGCAGUCGAUUACAUUUUGAGGAAGGAGACACUUCAAACCUGAUCAUCGUUCCAAUUCCGGACAAGUCCGUUAAUGGGGAGUACCUUCUUUUAUUUAAUUUCAGUUUAAAUACAGAUAUUUUUAGACCCUAAUUUAGUAGAUUAAAUCCCAAUUGAUUUGAAAUAUAGCAUUCAUAUACAAUAUUGGCAAGUGCAAAAUCGUUUUCAGGCUCUUAUAGUAAGAAACGUGUUUCACUGGGUUCUUAAAAUGUGGGACCGGGCUUUUCAUAGAUAUAGGCCCAAUACCGAUGUGCCUAAACAAAGGUCCAACUGAUUAGGCCCAUAAAUAACGGAUGUAUUUUUAAGUUUUACAGUUUCUGGGCUUUCAUUAUAUUUUUUUAUACUUUUGA